ACGAUAAAGAGUUAAAAGUGAGAAUCAUUAUGAGGGCCGCCGGAAAAGAAAUAGUAGUGGGGGCUGUGCUGAUGAUGAGCUUCACAGUGAUGCUCACUUUGACAGCGGAAUACGAGAUAUCUUCGGAAUCCAGGAGUUAUUCUGAUUGGUACAAGAGAAGAGGGAUAUCUAUGGUUCCGAAUGGUUGUCGAGACACUUGCGGCAACAUUAGCAUUCACUACCCAUUUGGAAUUGGACCCAGCAAACAUUGCUAUUUGAAUGAAUGGUUUCUCAUAAAUUGCACCAAAUCCUCCGAUGGUGUCGAGAAACCUUUCUUGAGCUCCUUUUCCGACGAGAAGGAUAGUGUAAGAGAGAUUCUGGACAUUUCCUACGACGCACCAUCAAUAACAAUGAAAGAGUCGUUUUCUCCUCUCUGCCAAACCUCCACCGGCUCCACCAAUCUAUCUGUAAUGAGCAACGACAAAUUGUCUGGAAGCCCAUUCUUUUACUCUUCCAGUUACAACAAGUUCAUGUUUUAUGGUUGCGGCAGCGCUGUCCUCACUACCCCCGGUCAAGAAUUCAUACAGUCCGGUUGCAAGUUGAGUUGCAGCAGCAAUAACACCAUGGCAGCACCUAAGUUUGCAUAUAAUUGCAAUGGCAUAAACUGCUGCGAUCUUAGUUUACACAAGGAUGUAAAUGCAUACCAAAUCAACAUCACUACAGACUCCUCAUCCAUCCUCAAUGCCUGCAACUAUGCCUUCUUUUUUGCUGAUACUUAUCUUUCCCCAUUCAGCUUUCAAAGUAGCAACCUGGUGCCGGGAGAGAAGGUGGUUGUCCCGGUGGUUUGGAUGUGGAGCGUCACAAGAGACGACUUUACUUCCUUGCCUCCCCACUACUCACUCGACUGCUAUCCAUAUCAAAACAUCUAUCCUCCGCAAUUACAAGGGACGUAUUGGAACUGUCGCUGCAAAGAUCAGGAAGAAGGGAACGCUUACUUACCAAAUGGAUGUCAAGUAAUGGCGUCGGAUCGGUUCGAGGAAGAAAGGCCACCCAUGGUUCCAAAAGAUUGUCGAGACAAGUGUGGGACUGUAAGCAUUUACUACCCAUUUGGAAUUGGAAAUGGAAAUGGAGGCAGCAAAAGUUGCUAUUUGAACAAAUGGUUCCUCAUAAAUUGCACCCAAUCUUGGGAUGGUUCCGAGAAGCCCUACUUGAGCUCCAUUUUUGGUGGAGUUGAGAUUCUGGGCAUGUUUUAUGAGUCACAAACAAUAACAAUAAAAGAGUCUAUCUCUCCUUCCUGUCAGCCUGCCAAGGGAAGCAAUAAUUUCUCCAUUAUCCAGAACUCAAAAUUAUCUGAAACCCCUUUUUAUUACUCAAAUGGCAACGACCUCAUGUUUUUUGGUUGUGGAAACGCUUUCAUCACUAUGCCCGGUGAAGAAUUGGAUCCAGCCGGUUACAAGUUGAACUGCAGCAGCAAAAACACGGCAGCACCUAAAUUUGCAGAAGAUUGUAAUAAUGGCAUAAACUGCAACCGUCUUUCUCUUGAUUAUGAUGUAAAAACAUACAAAGUCAACUUCACACAUUCAUCUUUCAACGCCUGCAACUAUGCCUUCUUUCUCAGUGCUUUGUCUUCGUUGCCACAUUCACUUCAAAGCUUUCCAAUUGCAAGCAGGCAGCAGGAAGUGGUGGUUGUCCCGGUGGAGUUGAGAUGGACCAUCACACAACAGGACGUGACUCCCUCCUACUCGUCGUACUGUUCUCCUUCUACAUACAUCAAUCCGCAACUAGAACAGCAUAAUUAUUUGGAGUGUGUCUGCGAAGAUAGUGAUGGUGGGAACGCUUACUUGUCCAAUGGAUGUGAAUGGAUCUACAUCGGUGACAAGAAUCACAAGAUUGGCGUUCAGAAAUUGCCCAUGAUUAUCUGUGUUAGUGCAACUUUUGGAUUUGUGUUGUUACUAUGGGCUUGUGUCAUCCUCUAUAAAAACAUCGUGAACAGAGAGAUGAAGAAAUUGAGGGAGAACUUCUUCAAGCGUAAUGGAGGUCUCCUAUUACAACAACAACUCUUAGCCCAAGAAGGGACAGUAGAGAAAACAAAGAUUUUCACUGCAAGUGAGUUGGAUAACGCCACAGAUCACUUCAAUGCCGAUAGAAUAGUAGGCCGAGGUGGGCAAGGCACAGUGUACAAAGGAAUGUUAAUUAAUGGGCAAAUCAUUGCAGUUAAGAAAUCUCAAGCCGUGGACGAGAACCAGGUUGAACCAUUUAUCAAUGAGGUUGUCAUUCUUUCCCAAAUCAAUCAUAGAAAUGUUGUGAAACUCAUGGGGUGUUGUUUGGAGACCGAAGUUCCCAUUUUGGUGUAUGAAUUUAUACCAAAUGGAACACUUUUCAGCCUUAUCCAUAACAACUUUGAGGACGAACUCAUUCCUCUUUCAUGGGAUAUUCGUCUCAGAAUUGCGUCCGAGGUGGCUUGUGCAUUAGCUUAUCUCCACUCAGCAACAUCAGUUCCCAUCUACCACAGAGACAUCAAGUCGGGUAACAUUCUUCUAGACGAGAAAUUUCGAGCUAAGGUUUCAGAUUUUGGAACUUCAAGGUCCAUUUCAAUUGACAAAACUCACUUCACUACCUUGGUGAAAGGGACAUUUGGUUAUUUAGACCCUGAGUAUUUUCAAUCUAGCCAGUUCACAGACAAGAGUGACGUUUACAGCUUUGGAGUUGUCCUUGCUGAGCUCUUGACGGGACAAAAGCCAAUUUCAUUUGAACUUGAUGAUGAUGAUGAUAGAAGCUUGGUAUCACGUUUUCUAUCGUCCAUGGAAGAGAACCGUCUAAUGGAGAUUCUUGACGUGGAAGUUAUAGAGCAAGGUAAAAAGGAAGAUGUUGUGGCAAUGGCUUGGCUUGCACAACGUUGCUUGAACUUCAACGGAAAGAAAAGGCCUACCAUGAAAGAAGUAGCUGCAGAAUUGGACACCAUUAGAGCAUCUCAUUCUCAUCUCCCCUCGGCCAUGGAAACAUUGGAAGCAUCUCAUUCUCAUCUCCCCUCGGCGGACAUGGAAACAUUGGAGAUUGAAUCAGAUUAUUUCAUAGCUUAAUAAUUUUACUGUUUUAAUAUGUUGCGUCUACUUUUCUUCCGAUACCAGAAGUUGAAUUAUUCUCCACUUUUAUAUUCAACCACACCCGGCCCGUUUAAUAACGUAUAGUAGGAGUCAUUUUUAUGUGUAGUUUCAGCAUAUCCUUAGCUUGGAUGUAAAAUAAAAGUAAAAAAUCUAUGUAUAUAUAUCUCAUACAGUAUGUUACUAGAAGAUGUGUGCACGCAGGUUCUUGAUUCUGUUUUCCUUAAUAAGAGUCUUAUUAUUUGAAGUUUUCA